AUGGUCGUUCCGCGCAUCUCCCAAGUUCGUUCCGAGAACGUCCAGGACGAUUGCUGGGAGAACAACCACGGACUCGCCGAAGCGGUAGACCCCGAAUCCACGCAGGAGCUCUCUGUGUUGCGUUCUCCAUCGGAAUCAUUAAGUGGGAGGGAACUCCUGAGCGACCCAAAUUGCUCUUCUCCCACUCCGACUCCGCGCCCAGAGCUCUCCUAUCGCUCGCAGCCGGCGCUCUACCGCUCGCGCAAGCGCCGAACGAUCGUGAGCUCGCAGCAAGUGAAGCCAUUUCAUCUCGGCGGCCAGCGCGCUCUCGACAAGCCAGAACCGGCCUCUGCGUCCUCGAGAGAGCCCACGCCCUCGCUUUCGCCGGUCGCUGAGCGCGAAGCGGGCGAUGUCGGAGAAUCGUCUCCAUGUCCGCUAGAACGCACCGUAAUCCAAGUAGACCUGGACCUGGACAACCCGCACGUGCCGGAAGACAACGAGGAAGCGCAAUAUCGCUUUCUUCGCGCGAUGGAGGAUUCAAUCAAUCAGCUUCGCCUCCAGUCCAUCGACGCGCCGCUCGUGCAGCGCCUGCACCACGACGCCGCCACCGAGGAGGAGCUGCUGCGCCGAUCCUCGCUGGUUGGCGACAUCGCGGAGGUUGUCGACAACGCGCAGCGCAUGGCCGAUGUCGCCACUGCCAAGGAAAACUGGUCGGAAGCGUGCGUGCCGCGCAGGCUGGAGACGGAGAGCGCGGAGAGAGAGCGAUCGACGGAGGGAGAGCAGCAGGGAGAGAGAGGCUCGGCAUCAUUGGCAUCAUCGAUAUCGUGCGCUUCGUCGCACUCGUUUGCGUCGGCGGCGUCGCCGGUGUCGUCAGGAGGGGAGGAAACGGUGAAACGAGGGAGUAUGAAGAGGUCGCGCGAAGAGGAUAAUGCCGGGAAAUGCACGGCGAUUAAGCGUGCAGGCUCGUAA